UUGGGAUUACUGAGGUGUGCGCGGCUGAGGGCUGUGGGGUGCGCGCGCCUGUGAGGCGCUCGGAGGUCCCGGAGGGGCUGUGGUUUGUGAGGUGUGUGGGGCUGUGGGCGUCUCUGGGUGGCUGUGAAGGGUCUGUGAGGUGCUCUGUGGGGUCUGUGAGGGGCUGAGAGCUGAGGCGGUCCUGAGGGUCUGUAAGGUGUGAGGCGCACGGGUCUGAGAGGCUGUGGGGUCCCGUGAGGGCGCGGAGGGCUGUGGGAGUCCUUGAGGGGCUGUGAGGUGUGUAAGGCGGAGGGAUUCUGGGAUCCGUGAGGGGCUGUACGGGAUGAGGUACUUGGCGCUCGCGGCUGUGGCUCUCUGAGACGUAUUAUUCUGCCUGGCACGGCUGCCCGGACAGUGCGGGGUCCCCGGUCCCGGCGUGGGGCGGUGCGUCCCGGGGAACCAACAGCCUCGCCUCCCCUCGGUGCCGGCGAGGAGUCCCCGCCGCCUCCCCGCAGGGGUCGAGGCUCGGCUGUGUCCCCCGCCUUCUGCAACGGUUCCUGCAACUGGUGAAGAGCCAUAGGGGCUCGACUGAGCCUCGCUGAGCCUCCCCCUGGCCGGAGCGCACCCGUCGCUAGCCCCUGUGAGGAAGGAUUAAAGGAGAGGCGGUCAUGUCCCAGGAGGGCAGCCACGAGUGGGAGCUGAGCAAGGAGAAUGUGCAGCCCCUCAGGCAGGGGCGGGUGAUGUCCAGCCUGCAGGAGGCGCUGGCUCAGCAGGACUCCUCCAGCCACACUGCUGUGCAGCUUAAAAAACGGGAGUUUGAAGCAGAAAUACGAUUUUACUCUGGAGAUGAUCCUCUGGAUGUGUGGGAGCGGUACAUCAAGUGGACAGAGCAGACCUUCCCUGGGGGUGGCAAGGAUGGCAACCUCGCAGCAGUUCUGGAAAGAGCAGUGAGAGCCCUCCAUGGGCAGCAGCGAUACUACAAAGAUCCUCGCUAUCUUAAUCUCUGGCUCAAGUUUGGUGAUUGCUGCAACGAGCCUUUGGAUCUGUACAGUUACCUGCGCAGCCAGGAGAUCGGCACCACGCUGGCCCUGCUCUACAUCACCUGGGCGGAGGCGCUCGAGGCCAGGGGGAGCUUCAGGAAAGCAGAUCUGAUAUUCCAGGAAGGGCUCCAGCGCAAGGCUGAGCCUUUGGAAAAACUCCAGGCUCAUCACAAGCAGUUUCAGGCCCGUGUUUCUCGGCAGACACUACUGGCACUUGAGGAAAGUCCUGAUGGAGACAAUAUGGGAUUGCUGGAAAUUGCAGAGCCUCAGAGAAGUUCACUGGCAGAUCUCAAAGGCAGAGGGAAGAAAAAAGUGAGAGCCCCCAUUAGUCGUGUGGGAGAUGCAGUUAAAGCCAUAAACCCAAACAGCCAGCCUCUGCCUUCUCUGCAGCUUUCCAAUACUCCAAGUUUUGCUGUGUUUGAUGAAAAUUCUGUGUCUGGACCUGAGAUUCCUACACUUACAGCACAGUCAUGGCCAGCGCCACCAGUUCCCAGGGCCAAGGAGAAUGAACUCAGUGCUGGACCUUGGAACUCUGGCAGGCGUCCUCGCAGAACUGUGAAUUCUGGCAUGGAAGUGCCCCACCCAGUGCCCAGUUUCACCCCCUAUGUGGAUGAGUCAGUUCAGCCACAAAUGAUGACUCCCUGCAAAAUUGAGCCCAGCAUAAACCGUGUGUUAAGUACUCGCAAACCUGAGGAGCAGGAGGACCCACUGCAGCGAGUGCAGCAUCACCAGCAGGAUGCUCAGGAAAAGAAAGAGAUGGUGAUGUACUGCAAAGAGAAAGUUUAUGCUGGAGUUGAUGAAUUCUCUUUUGAAGAGAUCCGAGCUGAAAUCUACAGGAAGAAAGCGAGAAAGAAAGACGAAGAUGAAAUACAAGCCAUAGAACGGAAGAAGGAAGAAAUACAAAGGAAAAUUGAGGAGCUGGAAAAGAAAUUAAAGAGGAAAGAAGGUGACAAGCAGCAGCAAUCGCAUGAACCGGCAGCAGAGAGAACGGCAGCUUCGGCACCUUUGGGAAUGCAAGCAUUUACUUUUUCCAGUGCAACCGGAUAUGGGGAGAAACAGCCUCAGUCACAAAGUGAAUUCCAGGUCUAUGAAGAUACUCAACUACAGAAACCAUCUUGUUCUGAGGAGGUUAUCCAGACUCCUGAUGUGUGCCCAGAUACCCACAGUGGAAAUCCAUUUGUAAACUCUGAGGAGGAACAGAGAAAUGAGGGCAGCCUUGCAAAAAAAGAUGUAGGUCUGCUUCCCCCACUGGCUGCUGCUCCAUCUUUCUCUAUAUUUGAUGAAUCCUCUACUUUGACAAAUCAGAAUAUAAGUUGUUCAGCAGAUCGUAGCCAGAAAAGUGCCCGUCAACCUCUCGCGGUUCGUAAGCCUGUGGAUUCUCUGACUGCCAAGGAAAACACAGCAGCAGCACCAGCAGCCUGUGAUGAGCUGAAUGGAAUUGAACGUUUGACUGAGGAUGCCAUUGUGACCGGCUCCUACAAGAACAACACCCUUUGUGCCAACCCAGAAGACACGUGUGACUUCAACAGGGCUGCCCACCUGGCCUCAACGCCCUUUCAUGGGGUGGCAGCUCAGAGAGUCCCAGCUCCUGCUUUCUCGCAGAGUGAGCUGAAGGAAGACAGUCCAGAAUCCGAGAGCGCACCUCUGAACCAGGAGACGCUGGUGUGUGAAGGAGCGUACACUGAAGCUCUCCGUGUAAAAAAACUGAGCCCGAUCAUGGAAGCAAGCCUGGAAGAUACUCGCUCAUCAGGUUCUUCAGUCUCAGGAGGUUCUCUGUCCUCUGUUACACAAAUGUCUGCUAUUAAAUAUCUGCAGAUCACUGAGAAACUGGAUCUGGCUCAGAGCUUGCCUGCUGAAGUGGUUACUGAGUCUGGAGGUGGAAAUGCUACUGCGGAUGAUGUGGCUCAGUUCCUGUGGACCCCUGAACAGCGUGAAAAGCUUUUAGAUUCUGUGCUAGCAUCUGCUUCUCCAGAUUUUCACUUGGAGACUGGAGCUCUGCCUCACAUGGAGGUCAAGAAAGAUGUUGAGCUGGGAAAUGAGACUUACUGCAUCAAAAUGGAAUACUGGAGCAAUAAAGAAUACAAGAUGUUUUUUGCCAUUCCAGCUCGAUGCGUUUUCCAGUGGUAUGCAAAGGGAUGUGCAAUAAAGGUGUAUUCUCAGCCUGUGCCUUGGGAUUUUUAUAUCACCCUUGAGUUACAGAAGCGUUUGAAUUCUGACUUUGACCAGAGCUUCAGUGAGAAUUGCAGCUGUUACCUGUACCAGGAUGGCUGUGCCAUUGUGCACAGAGAUACAAAUUGCUUCACGCUCAGGGAUAUUCUCCAUGACCGUAAGUUCAUCACAAAGGAAAUCCUCUUCUUGGUUGUUCAUGAUCUUCUGCAUGUGGUAGAGAAGCUGCACAAAGCAGAGAUUGUCCAUGGAGAUCUGAGGCCAGAGGUGUUGUUUCUGGGAGACAGGAUCUGCGAUGCAUUUUCUGAUGAGGAGGUGCCAAAUGCUCUGAAGAUUGUGGAUUUCUCUCACAGUCUGGAUUUGAGGGUACUGCCUCAAGUCAGCUUGCCCUACAACUUUCCCACAGCUCAGACUCCUCAUGGACAACAGCUUCUGGCAGAAAGUUCUCUUCCUUAUCAGGUAGACUUGGUUGGCAUUGCAGAUGUAGUCCAUUUGAUGUUGUUUGGGGAUCAUAUCCAGGUCUAUCAGGAGAAUUCCAUCUGGAAAAUCUGCCAAAACUUGUCAGAGACCCCUGACAGUGAUUUCUGGAGUAAACUUUUUGAGAGAAUUCUGAAUGCAGGUGGUAAGUCCACAGUACCUCUGCUGAGGGAGUUGAGAGAGGAAAUCAGUGAAAUGUUUGACAGCUCUUUCAAAGAACGACUUUUGUUCACCUUAACUGCUGUGGGAGAAACUUUCCUCCUGGUGAACUUCCAGUGACUUCAUAGAAGACAAACAUGUUUUGUAUUCUAGAGAAGAAUUUGUUGUUGCUUUCUUAUGUUUUCAAAUGUAAACAUGAGAGUGAUUGGAGCUAUUUCUGCAAUACUUCACAUGGGACUUGUUCAAGAAUGUUUCUAUUGCAUGAGUGCAUGAAAAGCCUCCUAAGCCUCUACAUGAACCUUUCUGAGCAGUUUAUGAGAGAAAAUUGUUUGUCUUAACUGCCACCUCCCCUUCUUGUACAGCUCCUUAAAAAUUUAACACCUAACUUGUGCCGCACUCUUUGAAAUGUCUUUGUCCUGCAUUCAGUUGGUCUUUUAAUUAGUGUUUAAUCAAUAAAGUUGUGGUUUGGUA